AUGCGCCGUCGACAAGCUAAAGAUCCAACUUCUAUUGAUGAUCAACGAAUAUGUACGAAAGAAAAUUGUUUAAGAUGUUGCAAAAAAUUUACAGCAUUUAUGUUUUCACGUGUUGGUUUAUUUUUUGUUAUGAUUGGUUAUGUUGCACUUGGUGGUGUGGUAUUUCAAGCACUUGAAGCUGGAAAUGAACAUGAUAUGCGUCAUAUUAUGGAUGUUGAACUUAAUAAUACAGUUGGUAAAUUAUGGAAAGAAAUUUUACGUGUUAAUUCAUUUCCAGAAAAAGAUAAAAGAGGAAAUUUUAGUUUAAAUGCAACACUUGAACUGACACAAUUUGAAGCAACAGUUAUUCGACAAAUCGAAAAAGGUUUUGAUGGACGAACAACUAAUUCUGAACAUGAUUGGAAUUUUUUUGGUGCUGUUCUUUAUGCUGUUACACUUGUCUCAACAAUUGGUUAUGGUCAUAUAACAACAAAAACAACUCAAGGAAAAAUAGCUACUAUUCUUUAUAGUGCAUUUGGUGUACCAUUAAUGAUGCUUUUCGUUGCUAAUAUUGGUUCAACAAUGGCAAAAAUGUUUGCAUUUGUAUUUAGUCGUAUAACAAUGAUAUUUUGUUGUCGAAUGAGUAAUAAAAAAAAACGAAUAUUAGCAUUAAAAAAUCGACAAAAAUUAAUGGAAAAAUCUAAUCAAUCUGCUAUUGUUAUUGAUGAAAAAUUACCAAUAUCAAAAUUAAAUGAAGAAAUAAAAGAUAAUAAUAAUAUUCUAAUAACAAAAUCAAAUUUAAAAUCAAUAAAAGAAGAAAAUAUUAAAAAUUUACAUUUAUCUAAACAAAUAAAUUCUUCAACAUCUGAAUCAAUAACAGAUACGAAUUUUUCAAAUGAUUUACGACAAUUACCAGCUGAUAUACGUUUAAAUAUUCUAACAGGAAUUCCAAUUUCUAAUACAUCACGUUCUUUAACAUCAUCAAUGAAUUCUAUUGGAGAAAAAUCAAAAGAUGCUAUUAUUCGUAUAAAUGAACUUAUUCGACAAAGUUCCGUUCAAGAUAUUGAAGAAAUUAAUAACAAUGAACAACGACGACAAUCUAUUGAUAUUAGUCCAAUUCAAUAUUAUAUUAAUGAAACAAAUAAAUUAACAAGCAAUCUUGAUGAUCCUAUUCCGAAUAAAUCAAUUGUAUCUAUAGAACAAGACAAAACAGUUAUAACAAAUCAAGAUGAAAAUAAUAUGAAACAAGUUGUCCUAUCAGAAGACACAUCGGAUACUCUCGAUGAUGAAAAAUCUAAACAAUCAAAAAAAUCUUCUAAAAAAAUUUUAAAACGUUCAAAAUCUGAAUCAACACAUGAUCGUCGAUUAGUAAAAAAAUCUACUACCAAUGCAUCAUCAACCAAUGAUAGUGAAUCAUCAAAUACAACAACAAAAUCUACACGUCGACGUUUUUUUUCACGUAAAAAUAAUAAAUUAAAAAAACAGAUAUGUAUAGAAGAUGAAAUAAAUAAUCAAAAUUCAUUACAACAACAAAUAAAUACUGAUGAAAUUCAUCAAAUAAAUAAUAAAUUACCAUGUCGAUCAAAAAGUUUUAAUGAACAUUCUCCUCGAUCAUUACCACCACCACCUAAUUAUGAACAAUCAACAGUAAAUGAUAUAACACCAUUACCAACAACUAUAACAUGGAAAAAUGAACAUCAAUUUUAUCCAAUCAAUACAACAUUAGAUUUAACAAAUGGUGAUAUGAAUGAUGAUGAUGAUGAUGAUGAUUUUGAUGAUGAUGAAGAGAGUGUUCCUUUACUUGUUACUGUUUUUGUCAUUCCGCUUUAUUUAACACUUGGAGCAAUUCUUUUUAGUAUAUGGGAACGAUGGAGUUUUCUAAAUGCAUUUUAUUUUUGUUUUAUUACAUUAACAACAAUUGGUUUUGGUGAUUUUGUACCAGGAUCAUCAUUGAAAGUUGAAGCUGAAAAAGAAAAACUUAUUUCUGCUGCUGUAUAUAUUCUAUUUGGUCUCGUACUUAUUGCAAUGUGUGUUAAUUUAAUGAAAGAACAAUUAAGUCAAAAAGUUAAAAGAGUCGCUAGCAAAUUGGGAAAAUUCUGA